AUGUCGCCCGUCCCCUUGAACGCUCCCCGCAUUGAAUUACUCGAACAAACCCUAUGCCAGACCUUCAAUAUAUCCUCUGUCUAUUCAUUUCAGCGACAGACCGGUCAGAAUUCGCUUCAAGGGCGGUCAACCGUGCUGAACGUACCCACCGGCGGCGGCAAGACGAUCGCGUUCUUCUACGCGUUGUUCUACCACUGGUUCGUAGGGAACACGAGACCCGAUGACCAGAAGAUUGUCCUGGUAGUGAGCCCGCUCAUAGCGCUCAUGGAAUCUCAGGCGGACGACCUCACCGCCCGCGGGGUACCCGCCAUAGCUCUUUCGGCGAAGCGGAUGAAGGAUGGGAACAUCUUCAAGAAAUGUGCAGCAGGCGACUACAGAGUCGUGCUCGCUUCCCCGGAGCUUGCGCUCUCCCCGGACUUUCAGCGCACCGUCCUCAUGUCCCCCACGUUCCGUAACAACAUCAUGCAGCUUGUCAUUGACGAAGCACAUGCGAUAUCGGAGUGGGGGACCGACGACUUCCGUCCAGACUAUCGUCGACUGGGUACCCUGCGGGGUCUACUCCCCAAAGGCACUCCCAUUGUAUGCACAUCAGCAACGCUACCUACCGAGGUGCUGGACGACAUCUGCGCGACCCUCAAUCUACCGCCGGAUUGCGAUCGCAUCCUCUUCUCGAACAGCAAGCCCAACAUCACACUCUCGGUCCACCAACUACAGCAUCCAGACAGCAGCUUCGCCGACCUCGUCACCCUUAUCCCAGAUAACGCGACAUGCGCGGAGGACAUCCCUAUGACUCUCAUCUACGCCAGCAGCCGUCUAGAAGUCGAGGACAUGCAAGACUUCCUCCGUCGGCACCUGCCUGUUGGGAUCCCGAAGACGGCCGUCGAGUUCUACCACCGCCACAUCGAGGAUGGCCGCAAGGACAUUGUCCUGCAGAAGCUUCGUGCUGGCGAGAUUCGCAUCUGCGCAUGCACUGAUGUUCUAAGCUGGGGCAUCGACCUUCGUAACAUCCAGCGUGUCGGCAUCUGGAAGAAGCCUUUAACGUUCAACUCCCUUGUGCAGAAGUACGGUCGCUGCGUUAGGAACCCGCUCGAAAUCGGGAUUUGUAUACUAUACAUUUCGAAGGCGGUUUACAAGCUCUGCGAGAAGGGUCUUGCGCCGCUGCCUGAGGCUGUUGCAGCACGAGUAGAUACUGAAGCCGGACUCGGUGUGCAGGACACGGAUGUAACCGAAGGUGUACGAGUUGAGACCAGCACCGACUACGACGUUGCUCUGCCUUCUGCCUCCAGCCGAAAAGGACCUCGCAAGAAGAACUGUGCCACCCGUGACGGGCAAUUUCUCACGAAGUACAUUGGAACGAAAGGCUGUCGCCGCGCAGUCUGGGACGAGUUCUUCGAGAACGCGACGAAACAUCAACUCAUUACUUCACCACCGCCAUCUAUCCGGUGCUGCGAUAACUGUGAUCCCAUCCCUACAGACAUCGUGGCACUUGAUGACCCUCGCCAGCUACAGCGGGGCAGGCGCCAGCGUGCGCCCGAAGAAGUCGAGGAAGCGGUCCGUGAAGACUGGUAUAGAGCCGACUAUCCCUCAAACCACUUCCUAAGCGGCUCAUACCUCCUGUCGGACACCCUCGUCUCAACCAUCUCGGGUGCGGCAACCUCUUUCGAUAGUCUUGCCGAUUUCGACAAGAGAUUUCGAUGGCACUGGUCUGCGCGUUAUGGCACCCGCCUCGUCGACGCUGUUCUAUCUGAGCGGCGGCGCUUUCAGGUCGUCCCCGAGCCAACGACUGGCGUGGCUUCUACAUCGACACUUUCAGCAGAGAUCGUGGCCGGUUCGACUGAUCCAAGUGCUAUCCCGUCGAUUGAGCCCCCGCCGAAGCGCCAUCGAGGCACUGCCAAGUCAAUCGCUGCAUAUAAGGCGUACCAGGACGUCUUCGCCUCAUGUCGUCGUGACAUCGAAACACACGAAGAGCCAGCCGGCCAUGUCAUAGCGAAGCGCUUCCGAGCGCUACCUCGAAGGACUGGGACGACUGCUGCAUACUACACAACGUGCACCACUCCUGUGGCCAUCUCGACCAUCAAGCAGAAGGAGACCAAGCGCGAGUACGCCACGCUUACCGACUACGCCGCCGACUGGCACCUCCUUGCUCGUAACACGCGACGCUUCUACGGGCCUGGCUCAGAUGCGUACCAUGACUCACUCAUAUUAGAUCGCAUCGUAGAUGAAGCAAUCUGGAAGCACGGCCGUAGUAGCAAUCUUUCCGGCGCUGAAGGUCUUACUGAUCCCGCUGCAAACACCAAUUACUCGUCAAUGGAUACAAUAUCAGUGCCCGAGGUAAAACUCCUCGUCAUCGUCUACAACAUCCUCGAACGAUGGACCUGCCGCCUGAAUAUCAGUAUAGUCCUCCCGCUCUUCAACCUCUGCGACACCAUCGUCGACUACAUCAUCACCCUGACCCUCAACCGCAACGUCUUCGUCGUCCUUCUCAACCGGUUGCUGCUCCACAGGACCAAGGUAUGCUGCUCCGACUUUCAGCAAGUCGCGCACGGGUUCGACUUGGCGGUUUCCUGGACGAUCGGCAACGUACGACUGGAGCUUCUCUUGCUCAAGCAGGGCGGCAAGGAGCAUGACCUCCUUCGUCAUGUCAGGAGUUGUAUGCCGAUCCCCGUAGUCGGUAAUAUUGAAUGCGCUUUGUACCAUUCGCAUCGUGUCACGGAGGACGAAGCACCAGUAGCAGGGGCCACAAGGCAUCCGCUGGAGGCUACUGCCACUGCCCGCCAGGUAUAG